AAAACUCUCUCUUUAAACAAACUUAUAAACAAAGCACCCCUAAACAAAUCAACAACCAAAAAAUUAUCCCCACAAACUUUCUUUUCCUACCAAAUACAUCCAAAAAAACAGAAACAACAAUGGCGGCCGCUUCUCUAGCAUCAAACACUUCACCGAUCAAGACAAUAGUGGUUUUAGUACAAGAAAACCGCUCAUUCGACCACAUGUUGGGUUGGAUGAAAACCCUAAACCCAGAAAUCAACGGCGUCACCGGAUCCGAAUCAAACCCGUUAUCCACAGCAACCCCUGAUUCGAACCGGAUCUUCUUCGGAGACGGGUCGGUCUACGUUGACCCGGAUCCGGGUCACUCAAUCCAGGAGAUUUACGAGCAGAUAUUCGGUGUCGAAUGGACCCAAGAAUCGGCCGCCGCCGGCGAGAAAAAGGAGCCCACCACCAUGCAGGGUUUUGCUCAGGAUGCAGAGAGGAAGGCCAGCGGGAUGUCGACUGCGGUCAUGAACGGGUUCAAACCCGAAUCCGUACCCGUUUACAAAGAGCUGGUGUCGGAGUUCGCCGUCUGUGACCGGUGGUUCGCGGCGGUUCCGGCGUCGACGCAGCCGAACAGGCUGUUUGUGCAUUCCGCCACGUCACACGGCGCCACGAGUAAUAAUAGAGAGCUGUUGCUAAAAGGGUACCCGCAGAAGACUAUAUUUGACUCGUUGGAUGAAUCGGGUCGGACCUUUGGGAUUUACUAUCAGUACCCUCCGGCAACACUUUUCUACAAGAAUUUGAGGCAACUAAAGUACUUAAUAAACAACUUCCAUCCAUUCGAUCUCGAUUUCAAGAAACAUUGCAAAGAGGGGAAAUUACCAAAUUACGUGGUUAUCGAACAACGAUAUUUCGACCUAAAAAUACUACCGGGAAACGACGACCACCCCUCUCACGACGUAUACCAAGGCCAAAAAUUCGUGAAAGAAGUGUACGAAGCAUUAAGGUCAAGUCCCCAGUGGAAUGAAAUGCUAUUCAUUAUUAUUUACGACGAGCAUGGCGGAUUCUUUGACCAUGUGCCAACUCCGGUCACCGGAGUUCCAAGCCCCGACGGAAUAAUCGGACCGGAGCCUUACAAUUUCCAAUUUGAUCGGUUGGGAGUUAGGGUUCCGGCUAUUAUGAUAUCUCCUUGGAUUGAGAAAGGAACUGUUUUGCAUGGGCCUUCGGGGCCGUAUCCGACAUCGGAAUUCGAGCACUCUUCGAUAGCUGCAACGGUUAAAAAGAUAUUUAAUUUGAAAGAGUUUUUAACAAAGAGGGAUGCGUGGGCGGGGAGUUUCGAGACGGUGAUUAGCAGAAACAGCCCACGGACCGAUUGCCCGGAAACCCUACCCGAGCCGGUCAAAAUGCGCGAGACCGAGGCCAAAGAAGAUGCGAGACUCAGUGAGUUCCAAGAGGAGCUGGUGCAUAUGUCUGCGGUUCUGUGCGGGGACCACCGGGACGACACAUUCCCGCGUAAACUAGUCGGAAAAAUGAAAGUCUCCGACGGAGCCGAUUACGCGAACAAGGCAUUCGAGAGAUUCUUGGAUGAGUGUCGCAAAUCGAUGAGAAAUGGUGCCGAUGGAACCACUAUUUGUAUACCACCUGCAGAAAAGUAUAGAUCAUUUGCCUCCAAGUUAUGCUCUUGCAUCGUUUGUGGCCACCAUUGAUUCUUCUAAUUAUUAAUUAAGCUCCAAUAUAUAUUAUUUGUUUUAUGGGAAGUUGUCUCUAAGUAUUGAAAUGUUGUAGCAUGUAAUUUUGUAUUGAACCAUUAAUUGAUCAAUUUGUAGUAUGUAACAAUUUUUAUCGUUUAAUUGUGAUUUACUUUGCUAAAUAGUAAUUUUUUUUGACGUUUUGAUUUAUGAACAUAUAUAUAUAUAGGUCAAAUUUCAAGAAUACUUUUGUUUAUUUGUCCUAAGAGUAAGAGAUAUAUAUAAAGUCUCUUUU